AGUAUUGCGGUAGACAUGUCCUAGGUGGGUUUAAUGAAAGUGUUACAUUGAUGAUUUGAUUUUUACUUGUAUUUUUCAAGUGUGAAAGAUAACUUUAACAAGUGUAGUACAAGUGGAAAGUAGAAUAGUUGAUCAAUAAAAUUCACCGAGUGAGGUUUAGAGUGUAUAUAUUCAGACUUACUUACGAUACGACUUACUGAUUCAAAUAGUUGAUGGUUGAAGUUAUUUGGGCAGGUGGAUGGUAUUACAUCGAUGUUCAGCUACAUGGCUUUCGUUAUCAGCAGAGAUGGAUAUCUCUGAGGGUAUUGAAAUAUUAAUUUAAUAUUAUCACAAGUUGAUUGAUGACUGAUAGGCAAUAAUCAGUACUGAGGUUGUGUUCCAGUAAUAUACGGAAAAAGUGGAAGUUAUAUCUUUCCUGAAGAAAUGACAAUGUUGUUGGACUUCGAUCAAAUUCAAUAAUGGAAAAAUCAACUGAAAACAUCCUAACUGAUGAAAACAUUGCAAACGAAGAUCACCAAGUGAUAGAUGUCGAGAAUAAAGGACUGACUCAACCCAUACUAAUAACCGUAGUCAAGAAAAAAGCCAAAUCUUUGGUUUUCUUUUCAGUGACUACAGCAUUUUUUGCUUGGGCAACAUAUCAUUUCGUCAACAACUCAGGACCUGGAUCGCAAAAUUUUGCUGAUACAACAUGUUCAGGCUAUGGACUCCUCGUUAUUCUGUUCAGCUUUUAUAUGUUGCUGAUCGUCAACAAAUUGUUAUUGCGCCCCUAUUUGGUACCAUCAUUCAAGGAAGAUGUUUAUAAACCCAUCAUCCAAUUGAGCAGUAAGAUCAGAUAUGGUUCACAAAUCUUUUACAUCUCUAUUUUCAUCAUUGCCGCCGUAUAUUUGGCAUUCGAUACAAAUGAUAAUCGAGGGAGGCUCAUACCGAUUUCAGGUCUUUGUGUAUUUCUUCUCAUAGGAUAUCUCUUGUGUCCCAAUAAAUCUAAGAUUCGGUGGAGGAUUAUUAUUUGGGGACUGAUUCUUCAAUUUGUUUUUGGUCUGUUAACAAUCAGAUGGAAAGUGGGUCGUAAUAUUCUCCAGUGCUUUGGUGAUAAAGUAGAAAUAUUGCUAGGUUACGCCUUCAAAGGUGCUGAAUUUGCGUAUGGAUCAAUUUUGAUAGAAACAAAUGUUUUUGCUUUUAAGGCCCUCUCAACAAUAUACUUCAUCAGUUUUAUGGUAAAUAUUUUGUACUACUAUGGUAUAAUGCAAAAAGUAAUAGGAGUUAUUGGAGAUUUUUUGCAAUGGAUUAUGGGAACCUCUAUAUGUGAAAGUGUCAAUAGUGCAGCCAACAUUUUCUUGGGAAUGACUGAAGCACCUUUACUAAUUUCUCCGUAUCUGAGGGAUCUAACAGACUCAGAACUUUUCUCCAUAAUGACAUCUGGUUUUGCGACAGUUUCUGGAUCCGUAAUGGCUGCUUAUAUUGGCUUUGGCGCUAGAGCCCAGGAUUUGAUCACCUCCAGUAUAAUGUCUGCUCCAGCAGCUCUUUGCUUCAGUAAGCUGAUGUUUCCAGAAACGGAAGAAGUCAGAAUGAAUAAGGAGAAUAUAAAAUCAGUGAAGGUAGAAUAUGAAUCAGUUCUGGACGCAGCGAGUAAAGGAGCAGCAAAUGCAAUCGGAAUGAUACACGGUAUAGUUGCUGGCGUAAUAGCUUUCUUAGCUACCGUCUAUUUCAUCAAUGGAAUACUGGGAUGGUGUGGACAAUUGGUUG